CUCGAGAACUGGCAAUAUGAGCGGCAGUCAAUUUCUUCGCGCCCUGGGACGAACGUUGGGAUGGGGUAGGAAGCAGCUGAAGGUCGAUAGCCGACAUGUGGUGCUGAUCACGGGCUGCGACUCGGGACUGGGCCACUCGAUGGCCGUUUACUGCCAUGAAUCGCUCCACAUGACAGUGGUUUCCUGCUGCCACAAUCUCAAAUCGGAUGGAGCCCGGCUGCUGCAGGCUUUGAGCGCAUCCCAUGGGGGGCUGACUAGGAUGUACACGCUGGAACUGGAUCUAUUGCAGCCCGACUCGAUACGCCAUGUUCAUGAGCAACUCAGGGAUAUACUGGCCAAGGAUCGUAGCUACCGGUUGACAGCCCUGAUAAACAAUGCAGGAGUGAUGUGCUUUGGCGAAUUCGAAUGGCAGUUGCCCGAGCAAAUCGAGGCACAGAUCAAUUGCAACUUGCUGGGCACCAUGAGGUUGACCCGUGAGCUGCUGCCCCUGCUUCGGCAGCAGCAGGGUAGGAUCAUCAACGUGACCAGCCACUGUGGCCUGCAGGCUCUGCCCGCCCUGGGUCCCUAUGCCGCCUCCAAGGCUGCCCUGCGCUUCUGGACGGAUGCCCUGCGAGUGGAACUGCAGCAGUAUGGCCUGGAGGUGGUCAACUUCAUACCGGGAUCCUUCGUCCUGGACAGCAACAUUGCAGCCAGGCAGCAGCAACAUGCUCAGAAGAUGAGCGAGGCCUUCAGCCAGGAGCAACAUGCCCUGUAUGACACUUAUUUCGAGGCCUUCAAUGGCUACCUGAAAGUCCUGAGUGGCUUCAAGCCACCCAAUCGUCUCAGGAACGACUCGCUGCUGGCCAAAUUCAAAGAUGCCCUGACCAGCUCACAGCCUUUGGCCUUGUACAUCGAGGAGCCCCGUCGAUAUCGCUUCUACCGCUGGCUCUUCUCGAUCUGCCCCACUCCACUGGUGGACUGGCUAACCCUGCGCUUCUGCGCCAUGCCCACCUACGAGUCCACCCACAACAGACAGAAGAAGAUUUAGGUCAAAACUUAGAGUCUAUACAUUUUAAAUAUAAUAUACACUUGUA